AGGUAUACAGAGGGCCUAACCCAGGCUGCCUCCAGCUUGUUGUCACCGUUAUUUUCUGGAGCGCAUGCGCGGUGGCGCUUGUUUCCUGCUUUUUCAAAUGAGUACCUGUGCUGCUUUUUUUUUUUUGACCCACCUCUGUCGACUCUGCGUGUGUGUGUGUGUGUGUGUGAGUGUGAGAGAGUGUUUUCUUUCCUCCCACCCUCUCUCUCUCUCUCACACUCCCGUUAUUCCAGAGCGCACUCGGUAUUAUUCGACUUUACCUGUCCGGGCUGCACACCUGGCCAGAGACUCACCUGUCCGGACGAACAAAGACUUCUCUAACACUCCUGGAUCUGGAUCUACAUUUACGAAACCAGCUUGAUAGAGAAAGUGUGUGAGAGGAGGAGAAGAAGAAGAAGGAGAUAAAGCGGAUCAGGACUUGCGAAGCGAGAAAAAAGGUGGAAGGAAGGAGAAGAGGGGCCGACACCUUCCAUUUUUCUUUUCUUUUCUUCCAUAUUCGGAGUUUCCUGCCUUUGGAAACUUUAACUCCAAAAACACAACUCUUCUCUUCACAUUUAAGGGACUUAAUUUUUUAAUUGAUCAUGCCGAGGGCCUUUCUGGUGAAGAAGGCGAACGUUUCGCCGGGAAAGCGGAACUGGAGCGAGCUACCUGAUCAUGAACGAGGGGACGUCUACAUCCCAGUCUCCAUUUUCCCUACCUCCGCUCUAAUGAUGGAGAUCGAAGCCAGCAUCGCAGAGACGGCGCCGCUCUGCCUCACCAAACAAUCUCUGAGUGACCAGCACACGCACGCCGAGCUGCCGUCCAGCACCAUGCUGGGACGGCCGCAGAGCCCGGUGGCGCCGCCUGUGGAGAGGACGGACGUGAGGAGGAGGGCGCAGAGCAACUCCACGUACGUCCGGUCCAAAAUCAAGGUCACUACAGGCGAGUUACCUCCUUCCGCUCUCCCUCUCUCUCUCCCUUCCCUUCCUUCCCUUUCCUCCCCUCCAUCUGUAACCACACGCACCACCACUGCGAUGCCAGUCACUUUGAAAACAACCCCUGACCCCCUGGAAGAUGUCUCCAUGAUGACCUCAUCAACAAGUCAGAGUUCACCACCGGGGAUGAACGGGGCGUAUGCGUGCCAGGUUUGCCAGAAGACUUUCCAGUACCAGCGGAUGUUAAACAGACACAUCAAGUGUCACAACGAGACCAAGAGACACCUGUGCAGCUUCUGCGGCAAAGGUUUCAACGACACCUUUGACCUCAAGAGACACGUACGCACACACACAGGAGUCCGUCCCUACAAGUGCACCCUCUGCGACAAGGCGUUCACCCAGCGCUGCUCCCUGGAGUCCCACAUGAAGAAGAUCCACAGCGUCACCCUGAAGUACGCCUACAAGGAGCGACGGAACAAGCUGUACGUGUGCGAGGAGUGCGGCCACACGGCAAACACUCAGGACGAUCUCCUGAUCCACCUGCACUCGCUUCACCCCGACAGCCACCUGCUGAAGGGGAAGGCCUUGAGGAAAGGAGGAGGAGGAGGAAUGGAUGACGGGUCGUCCCCCGGCUCUCCUCAGGGGGCGGAUAGCGAUGAUACCUCGGGGUCAGGUGACAACUAAGAGAACGAGCAUCAAAGGGACAAACUCAGGGGGGGGAUGAAGGACGGAUGGAUGGAUGUUUGAUGAUGGACGAUGAAGAUGAAGAGGUGGAAGAAAGUGAGGGAAAGCGUGAGUGAAUGUGUAAAUAAAAUACGUGUGCAUGGAUUUGGGUUUCUGUAAAUAGCAAACUGCGAUGUUAAAUAAUGAAAUAAUGCAUCAACAAACCGUUAUGGACUUAUCUUUAUAUUUACGUGGGGUUGUGAUGUGGAUGAACUCUAUCAUGUCUGAUGUAUUGCAUGUGAAUAUUUCCUGUGGGCUUGUCUGUACAGUAAGAAGAGAUUUUGUAUGAAACAUUUGUUCAUUAAAGGGAGUAAUAUAUUAAAAAACUGA